AUGUCAAGUUCAGAUGAAGAACCAACUGGUUUUGGUCAAAAAAUGUUAUUGCGUAUGGGGUGGUCUGUGGGAAAAGGUUUGGGUUUAAACGAAGAUGGUACAACAAAUAUUAUAGUAAACAGAAAGAAGCAAGAUAAUGUUGGUGUUGGUGCAACUCUUGAAGAUAGAAUAAACUCAUCAAAUAAUUGGGAAGUAAAUAAUGAAGCCUUUGAUAAUAUUUUAGCUAAAUUAAAUGGUAAUAACGAAAUAAAAGUCGACUCAAAAAAAAGAAAAAAAUUCGUUAAAUCAAAAUUAAAUAAAAAGAAAGAUGAAUCAAGCGAUAGCGAUAGCGAUAAUAGUGAAAGUGAAAAAGAAAAAGAAAAAAAAAAUAAAAAGCAAAAAACAAGUGAUUCAGAUACUGAUAAUAGUAGUGACUCAAGCAGUGAAAGUGAAAGUGAGAGUGAGAGUGAAAGUGAAAAUAUAAGUAAAUCAAUUAAAAAAUCUAAAGAAACCAAAAAGAAAUCAAAAACAAGUGAUAGUGAUACAAAUAGUAGUAGUAGUUCAUCAGAUAGUAGCAGUGAAAGUGAAAGUGAAAGUGAUAGUAGUUCAUCAGAUAGUAGUAGUAGUUCAUCAGAUAGCAGCAGCAGUUCAUCAGAUAGUAGCAGUAGCAGCAGUAAAAGUGAAAGUGAAAGCGAAAGCGAAAAAAAAAAAGAUAGUUCAUCAGAAUCCGAAAAAGAAGAACCAAAGAAAAGAUCGUGGGUUGGAAAAACAAGAUACCAAAAAUUAUUAAAAGCAAAAUCAGUUAAAAACUAUAGUGAAGAAGAUUUAAGAGCUAUUUUAGGUUUCCGACCAAAUCAAGAUAAAAGAGGUUUACCACAAAAAGUAUGUAAUUAA